UGAAGCUCUCAACAGCGGGUUUCGUAUGGUUAUCGCUUGCGACCUAAAAAGCUGCCGUUUUCCCCGUGCAGAGGUAAAAUGACCAGCACGGAGAUCCAGAAUUCGGGAGAGGAGCCCUGCUUUCGCCUGGAGCACCUACCGGGCAAGAGCCCGCACCUAGCGGGCAAGGCGUCUCCGCAGGUGAACAGCCGCUGGGAUGCGCCUCAAGUGACGGCCAACGGGGUCCAUGACAUUGAGGAUCGGAUUUUACGAAUCACUGGUUAUUACGGCUAUAAACCCGGGUACUCCAGCCACAGAAGAGAGGACGGCACAGAAUCACAUGCAGAGACUCCAGUCAGUGAAACAAGUGGAGAUGGCACUGCAUAUCAGACCUGCGUCAACACAGUGCUCAAGGUGCUGGGGGGUUUGCUGGUGGUGCUGUGUGUCUCCUCGUGCUGGGUGGGCAUCACACAGGUGGUCCAGCUCACAUUCAAAUCCUUUUCCUGUCCCUUUUUCAUCACAUGGUUCAGCACCAACUGGAACAUUCUCUUCUUCCCCCUCUACUAUUCUGGGCACGUGGCCACUACCAGAGAAAAACAGACGCCCAUUCAGAAAUUCAGGGAAUGUAGUCGGUUGUUUGGGGAGGACGGAAUGUCUCUGAAGGUGUUUUUGAAGAGAACGGCGCCUUUCUCCAUCUUGUGGACGCUUACUAACUACCUGUACCUGUUAGCACUGAGAAAACUAACCGCUACAGACGUCUCAGCACUCUACUGCUGCCACAAGGCCUUUGUCUUCCUCUUGUCGUGGAUUGUCCUCAAGGAUCGUUUCAUGGGUGUGCGGAUUGUGGCUGCCAUUAUGGCUAUCACAGGCAUUGUGAUGAUGGCAUAUGCUGAUGGUUUCCAUGGGGAUUCCUUUAUGGGUGUGGCCUUAGCAGUCGGCUCCGCCUCCACUUCUGCUCUCUACAAGGUGCUGUUUAAGAUGUUCCUCGGCAGUGCCAAUCUGGGCGAGGCUGCUCAUUUCUUCUCCACGAUGGGCUUUUUCAAUCUCAUCUUCAUCUCCUGCGUUCCCCUCAUCCUGUACUUCACCAGAGUGGAGCACUGGGGUUCCCUCUCCUCUUUGCCCUGGGGUUACCUUUGUGGGGUGGCCGGCCUUUGGCUAGUAUUUAACAUCCUGGUCAAUGUAGGAGUGGUACUCACGUAUCCUAUUCUCAUAUCCAUUGGGACGUUACUCAGUGUUCCAGGCAAUGCAGCCAUUGACGUGCUGAAGCACGAGGUCAUCUUCAGCGUGGUGCGUCUGGCUGCCACCUGCAUCAUCUAA